AUGCCGGGUGUGGGCUCAGGAGACGUGUGUGAAGGGCUGCAGAGCGUUCACCAGCCAGGGCAUUCGGUGAUGCCUUCCUGCAGCGGCCAGAGAAAGAGGGAAAGCACUCCAAAGACUUCUGCCAGUUGUAGUCCUGCUCCUGAAUCUCCUAUGAGUUCCAGUGAAUCAGUGAAAAGCCUGACUGAAUUGGUACAGCAACCCUGUCCCGCUAUAGAGACAAGUAAGGAUGGCAAAUCCCAAGAAUCUAGUGAGCCGCCGGCUUCUGAAUCCCAAUCUACAACACCUUUGCCACUGUCGGGCCACUCGGCACUCAGCAUUCAAGAACUGGUUGCCAUGUCGCCUGAGCUGGAUACGUAUGGCAUUACAAAAAGGGUCAAAGAAGUGCUAACGGACAACAAUCUUGGUCAGCGUUUGUUUGGGGAGACAAUCCUAGGGCUAACACAAGGCUCUGUCUCAGACCUUCUGGCUCGCCCGAAGCCCUGGCACAAGCUGAGUUUGAAGGGCCGAGAACCCUUUGUCCGCAUGCAGCUGUGGCUGAACGAUCCCAACAAUGUGGAGAAGCUGAUGGAUAUGAAACGAAUGGAGAAAAAAGCCUACAUGAAACGGCGACACAGCUCUGUUAGCGACAGUCAGUCUUGUGAGUCCUCGUCCGCUGGAAUAGACUAUAGCCAGGGAGCCAGCCCGCAGCCGCAGCACCAGCUGAAGAAGCCCCGGGUGGUGCUGGCACCAGAAGAGAAGGAAGCUCUGAAACGAGCCUACCAGCAAAAGCCAUACCCAUCACCAAAAACCAUUGAGGAACUCGCUACGCAGCUCAACUUGAAAACCAGCACCGUGAUCAACUGGUUCCACAAUUACAGGUCUCGCAUCCGCCGGGAGCUGUUCAUCGAGGAGAUCCAAGCCGGGAGCCAGAGCCAGGCUGGGUCGAGCGACUCUCCUUCCGCCAGAAGCAGCCGGGCCGCUCACAGCUCCGAGGGAGACAGCUGCGAUGGCGUGGACGCAGAAGGCCCACCUGAAGGAAAGCCGAGUGGCCCGGAGGCAGAUGAGUACAACAAUGCAACCACGAAGUCUCAGGGAGGGCCAACGGAGUCGGCUUUCGAAGCGGGGGAAGAGGCACUGCAGGGCGCCAGGUCUUCGGAGAAAGCGGAGCCGUUCCGGGCGGAGAGCCUGGAGGACACCGACGACGAGGGCAGGCUCAGAGCACCGCGCCAGAGCUCUCCGCCGGCGUCGCAGCGCCCGGGAGAAGCUCUGGAGACACUGCCAAACUCUGCCACAGAAGGCGAUGCAUCUACCUCAGCUGCCUCCACCUCAGUCCUUACGGGGGAGAGCUCCUACAAGUCAAAAGAAAGUUCAGAGAAAAUCUCCAGUGUGCCAAGUACGAGCUCGACGCCGGCCGCAGGCUCGCAGAAAGCCAACUCUCUCCAGAGCUUGUUCGGCUUCUCCGAGGCGGCGAGCUCCAGGAACACGCGAGACAGCUCCUUGAGGAAAAAGAAAGCGGCAAACUUGAACAACAUCAUCCACCGCUUGGAGAAGGCCGCGAGUCGAGAAGAGGCCGUCGAGUGGGAGUUUUGAGAUUAAACUCGCCCAACUCUGGAGAGCUGGGAAGUGAAACUGGACCUCUACUGGUUUUAUUGUGUUGCGCACUUAACCGCCCUGCGGGCCACAGGGCAAAAACGCCAUAGGCCAAGGUGCAUAUAGAAA